ACUUGUAGUGCGCUCUGCCCAAGCGAUCUGUCCUGCCAUUCCUGGGCUCUUUACCACAUCCAGCAGACUUGAGUGUGUAUGUGGUGUGUGUUUGAGGACCAAUAAACACACACCAGACCAGUACUGCUGCUACAGCUUCAGACAGGCUACAGAACUGAUACCAGAGCUAUACUGUAGCAUUCGGUUGGUGUUCAAGACUGGGCUUUUUGGAUCUGAAGAUAUUCUCUAUCCUCCGUGUUUUGGAUUGGAAUAUAUUCUAUUUUACAGACUGCUUUUCUAGGGAGGAUAUUUAUUUAGUAUUUACUUCUUAGUUCAUUCAGGAGAGAACCAACCAACGCGGAAUAGUGUGGGUACAGGAAUAGAAGCAGGACACAGCAUGGUCCAGAGAGUAGGUGUAUGACCGUAAGGGAACAAGCUACUAGGAGCCUGGGCCUGGGAGGAGCGAUCCUACCAUUGUCCUGUCGUCCACGGGUCUCCUGAGGAGAUUCAUAGGAAAGAUUUCAACAUACAUCUUCAUCUUCAUCUGCUGGAUCGGGAAAGGAUUCUUGGGUGGCUGCAGAAGGAUUAUUUACGGAUCCUUUUAAAUCAGGGUUCCUGCGUGAUCACACUGCCAGACUACACCAGACGCCACAACCUCGAAACAAGAUGACCGCCCAAUGCAAGAACUUCCUCCUCUUCCUGACCAGAGUAGGACUACUCUUGGGUCUGGCUAACCCACUGGUGACCUCCGCCUCCUGCCCCUCGGCCUGCCGGUGUGAUGGGACCUUCAUCUACUGUAAUGAUCGAGGCCUCACCUCUAUUCCUACCGGCAUUCCGCUGGAUGCUACUGUACUCUUCCUCCAAAACAACAGGAUCAAGAGCGCCGGCAUCCCCACCGAUCUGAAGAGGCUAAGCAAUGUUGAGAAGAUCUAUCUGUACUGUAAUAAUCUGGACGAGUUCCCCCAAAACCUGCCGAUAGGAGUCAAAGAGCUGCAUCUACAGGAGAAUAAUAUUCGGAUGAUUACGCAUGCGUCGCUGGGUCAGAUCCCACUGAUCGAGGAGCUACACCUGGAUGAUAACUCCGUCUCGGCGGUUAGCAUCGAGGACGGAGCGUUCAGGGACAGCAACCACCUGAGACUACUCUUUCUGUCCAGGAACCAUCUGAGCACCAUCCCGUCCGGCCUUCCGCAGACCAUCGAGGAGCUGCGCUUCGACGACAACCGCAUCUCGUCGAUAUCGGAGGCGUCCCUCCAGGACCUGAUCAACCUAAAGAGACUCGUCCUGGACGGGAACCUGCUCAACAACCGUGGCAUCGGCGAGAUGGCCUUCAUCAACCUGAUUAAUCUCACCGAGCUGUCCCUGGUGAGAAACACCUUGACGUCUCCGCCGGCUAACUUACCGGGAACCAGUCUUGAGAAACUGCAGCUCCAAGACAACCACAUCAACCGAGUACCGGCCGGGGCUUUUGCUUUCCUCAGGCAGCUGUAUCGACUGGAUCUAUCGGGCAACAACCUGAGCAGUCUACCUCAGGGAGUGUUCGAAGACCUGGAUAACCUCACGCAGCUCCUGCUCCGUAACAACCCAUGGCAGUGUACUUGCCGGAUGAAGUGGGUGAGAGACUGGUUAAGGUCGCUGCCGACAAAGGUCAACGUUCGAGGGUUUAUGUGCCAGGGGCCAGACAAGGUGAAAGGCAUGGCUAUUAAGGAUCUGUCUACUGACUUGUUUGACUGUGGAGGCUCUGACUUGGGCAGGGGCCAGGGGGGCCCUACCUUCGAGACCAGCACCGUCUCUAACACCUUACCCCACUCACAUCCACAAUGGCCCUCCUUUGUGACUAAAAGACCAGUGGUGAAAAUGCCUGAACUGAGUAAAAACCACCGCAGUACUACGACACCAUCAGGUAGAAAGAUCAUCAGGAUCAGUGUGAAGUCAAGCAGUGCAGAGACAGUGCACAUCUCCUGGAGGGUUUCCGUACCCAUGACUGCCCUAAGGCUCAGCUGGUUAAAACUGGGCCACAACCCUUCGUUCGGUUCCAUCACGGAGACCAUCGUACAGGGGGAGAGGACGGAGUACCUCCUAACAGCUCUAGAACCGGAAUCCUCAUACAGGAUAUGCAUGGUUCCCAUGGAGACUAGCAACAUUUACCUGUCAGACGAGACGCCAGUUUGCAUAGAGACAGAAACCAGUUCUCUGAAGGCUUACAACCCCACCACGACACUGAACCGCGAGCAGGAAAAGGAGCCUUACAACAAUUCCAGUCUGCCUUUAGCCGCGAUCAUCGGAGGGGCCGUGGCUCUGUUGGCAAUGAUAAUGCUGGCGCUCGUGUGCUGGUACGUGCACAGGAAGGGUUCGCUGUUUUCCAGGAAUUGCACCUACAACAAGGGCCGACGGAGGAAGGACGAUUACGCAGAGGCGGGGACGAAGAAGGAUAACUCAAUCUUGGAGAUACGAGAGGCCUCUUUUCAGAUGAUCCCUAUACACCCCGUGCCCGUGUCCAAAGAGGAGUUUGUGAUACAUACGAUUUUCCCUCCGAAUGGAUUGAGUCUGUACAAAAGCCCGCACAGCGAGACCAGUAUUAGCAACAGGAGCUACAGAGACAGUGGAAUACCUGAUUCAGACCACUCCCAUUCAUGAUAUUGAUAACGCAGGACAUUUCAUUAUAAAUGAGUGCGUUCGUUGAUGACUUGAAACUAAGUGGCUAUAAGACUUUGUUAUAAAACACUGGAUCUAAAAGACUGAGUGGGAAAGCAAUGUUCUUCUGUACAUUUGCCCAUAUAAUUUAUAUUUAAGGACAUUUUAUGACGAAGAGGAGAACAAACGUGGUUCACAUUGCAGAUAGUAGUCCCAUCACUGAGCCACAGGUCAGUGUAUGUUGUAAUUAAAACUGCAAUUCUAUAUUUUAGGGGUUUGUAGUAAUUUGUACUGUAUUUCCUUUGGCUUAAGGUUACCUAACAACCAACUAUAAAAAACAAACUCUGUUCUACUGAGAUAUGAUGACUUGUCAACUGUGAAAGUGGGGGUUUUCAUUGCUGUGUUGAACAAUCAGACUUGUAGAAUAAAGCACAGGUCAUUCCUUUGACCCUCGUUUUGUGGCUGUUCGGUAAAAAACAAAAAGGCAAAAAAUAUGAUGAUUAAAACCAGAGCGAAGCAGCGAGACAGCAGGCGUGUUGCCUUCUUUCUCUGACGAGAGACAAGCAGAGAGUAGUCACCUACAUGUACCUAACCAGAGAGACCCAGAGGGGUGUAUCUCUUGAAACAUGGACUAGAUAUGGAGGUGUCACGCUUUACAUCUUUGCUUUGUUCAGUGUGGGGAUUCAUUUUGUUUAUCUGUUUGGAAAAAACAGAAACAGAGACAGCACAGAUAGAACAGGUGUGUGUGUGUGUGUGUGUGUGUGUGUGUGUGUGUGUGUGUGUAUGAGUGUCAGUAAGUCCUGUUGGCAACAGCACAGGGCAUAUGAAGCACACAGACCUUUAGGGGAGGAGAGGAGACCCUCUCCUAAGACAUUAACCCAGGCUGACAACCCCCCAAUAUCUCUAUCUGGCUAAACUACAAUGGAUGCCAUUCUCCAGUACCUUGUACCAUACGUCAUCCAAACGUUGCCCUCAAACAUAGCCUAGAUAUAAACACGGCAAGAAAAAAGGACAUAGAGAAAAAUUGCUUUCUUUUGAAUACAAACUGAGCGUCACAAAUUUCCUUGUUUAUGAUUAUAAUUAUGAUUUUGUAUUUUUUCCAGAUUGAAGACACUACUACUUCUAUGUUAACGCAAUUUCAAAGUUAAUUGUUCUUUACAAAGUUGCUCAGGGAUUCUUAAAAGUCGGAACUAUUGUCCCAUCUUUCAAGAAUCCCUGAACUGAAAACCAAAGUGCAUUAAAUGCUCUUUGGCCAGUCUUGUAUGUGCCUUGAUCCAAUGCUUAUUGUAUUUAGCUUUUUAAGAAAUCAGUGACUUCUUUUCAUACACACUUGAAUAUGAGAAAAUAUUGGUCAUAUUGCAGAAUAAAAGUGGAUAAAAAUA